AUGAGUGAUGAGGAAUCAGAUUAUGCACCUUCUGAUGAUCUAUGGACAGAUUCUGAUUUAGACAAGGAAGGUGGGGUUAGGUACCCUGAUUUUAAUUCAGAGAGAAAUAUGCAAGAUCCUACUUUCAAAGUAGGUAUGCGUUUUAAAAAUAAGAAUGAAUUUAAGGAAGCUUGUAGAACCUAUGGUAUUAAGAAUAGGUUUCAAAUUCACUUCCCUAAGAAUGAUCAUCAACGGGUUCUUGCAAAAUGCUACAAAUCAUGUGGAUGGAAGAUCUAUGCAAGCAAAAAGAAUCCCAAAGACUCAAAUGAUCCUACUAUGCAGAUUAAGAGUGCCAACUUAACACAUAAUUGUGGAAAAGACUUCAGUAACUUUCAUGUGACAUCCAAAUGGUUAGCUGAAACUUAUUUGGAGACUUAUAGGAUGGAUCCACAUUGGAGCUUAUCAGGGUUAGUACAAAGGGUGAAAGAAGAUUGGAGUUUAAGCAUAAAUAGGAUGAAGGCAUGGAGGGCCAGAGAAUGGGCACAAAAAGCAAUAAAUGGAAAUGAGCAAGAACAAUAUGGUAGACUUUAUGACUAUAGAGAGGAGAUACUCAGAACCAACCUAGACACUACAUUUGAGUUUAUCACUGAUAGAGGUGUUUUUGAGGGAUUGUACAUUUGUUUAGGGCCAUUGAAAAAGGCAUUUAAUGCUGGUUGUAGGAAUUUGAUAUGCUUGGAUGGAUGUUGGCUCAAAGGCACAUAUGGAGGUCAACUAUUAUCCGUUGUCACUAUUGACCCUAAUGAUUGCAUAUUUUCAAUUGCAUAUGCAGUUGUUAAAAUAGAAAAUGAUCAAAACCGGAAAUGGUUCCUUGAGCAUCUUAAGGAUGAUAUGCAAAUGCAUAACAGUCAUAGCUAG